AAUAAAACAAAAGAGAAACUGCAAAAGCAGAUUUGUCAAGUCGUUCUGGAUCAUUUUGAGCAGCAGUACACAAGGGAACUGGGAGAUACAUGGACCAGUGUCAGAGAUGUGCUGACGUACCCAUUGUGCUGGCAGUAUGCCGUUCUGCUUAACAAGUUCAGCCCGUCGGCAGAGCUGGAGAAGACCUUGCGUGCAAAGGGAUAUCAUCCUGCCUUUCAAGGAAAUUUGCCGUAUCUUCCGGCGUCGUUUCAGUGUUAUAUCAGGAGAAGUCCUGGGAGAUUCCCUGCACAAAAACACCAGGAUGGUAAACGGAAAGAGUAUUAUCUGCUGAAUGCUGCUUCGUUGUUGCCAGUGUUGGCGCUAGAAGUGAAAGAUGGGGAAGACGUUUUGGAUGCCUGUGCUGCCCCAGGGGGUAAAUCAGUAGCUGUACUGCAGUGUGCCUGUCCAG